GAGAUGGACAUUUUGAAAAUGAUGGAUAACGUAAAACUGUUGAAAUACAAAAAUGCGGCAUCGUGUCAUGUCAUUACAAAAAUGAAACAACUAUGUGUUGGUAGUGAUUCUAGUGAAUUAACGGCGUCCAUUCAGGCCACCUAAGCAUUGCGUCUAGUCGUGACUGGAGAAGCUCUGUAGCAGUGAGUUGAGGUCUGACCAGCCAGCCAGUGACCAGCCAGUCAACCAGCCAGCCAGCCAGCCAGCCAGCCAAUCACCAGCCAGUCAGUUACCAUGGGGAACAUCUUUGGCAACCUGCUGAAGAGCCUGUUAGGGAAGAAAGAGAUGAGGAUCCUGAUGGUGGGGCUGGAUGCUGCAGGGAAGACCACCAUCCUAUACAAACUGAAGCUGGGAGAGAUAGUCACCACCAUCCCCACUAUCGGGUUUAACGUGGAGACGGUUGAGUAUAAGAACAUCAGUUUCACGGUGUGGGACGUGGGGGGCCAGGACAAGAUCAGGCCUCUGUGGAGACACUACUUCCAGAACACACAGGGUCUGAUCUUCGUGGUGGACAGUAAUGAUCGUGAGCGGGUGAAUGAGGCUCGAGAGGAGCUGAUGAGGAUGCUGGCUGAGGACGAGCUACGAGACGCCGUGCUUCUUAUCUUCGCUAACAAACAGGACCUGCCCAAUGCCAUGAACGCAGCAGAGAUCACCGACAAGCUGGGGCUCCAUUCCCUCCGUCACCGCAACUGGUACAUCCAGGCCACCUGCGCCACCAGCGGAGACGGUCUAUACGAGGGCCUCGACUGGCUGGCCAAUCAGCUGAAGAACAAGAAGUGAGUGGACCAAUCAGAGGAGAGCGAGGAGAAACUUUAGUGUCAGCUCUUGAAUCAAAAAGUGGUAGUUGGUUUUAGUUGAUCCAUUAAGUGAAAAAUCCUGACACGGUGGGAGUGAAAAGUGAUUGGUGUGUAGGAAGGGGACUUAGAGAGAAUAUCCCCAUUCCUUGAGGACAUUUUCAGCCUGUUGUCAACUAUUACAAAUGGUUAGCGCUGUCCAGCCGCGGGCCAUCAAUGUCAAUACAUUAACCUUAAUAAUAACCUUCAAAAAGUAUUUAAAAUGUAGUUAUUUAUUUAAUUAUUAUUUAUUUCAGAAUGGACAAUGGCAAUGUUAGUUUGGUUUGGAACACUGUAUUAUGCAUGGCCAUACAGUAAAAGAUCUCUUGGAAAUGAAGUUUGAAAUGAUAUCUGUCUAAUGUUAUAUAUUAAGCCAGUCUUCUGACAGUAUUCUCUUUUUACACUAAAAUUGCUACUGCUGGUUGGAGCAAUGCAGUAGUGGUAGAUAUUAAUGGAGAGUGACAUAGGUUUGUGUAAAACACGUCCUAUAUGCAAAAGCAUGCUUUUUUCUAUGUCAACUGUAUAUUUACACGGUUUGCUUAACAAGUACAAACAUACAGAAUCAAAAGUUUGGACACACCUACUCAUUCAAGGGUUUUUCUUUAUUUUUUACUAUUUUCUACAUUGUAGAAUAAU